AUGAAGGUGAAGACAAAAAGCUCCCAAGCACAAAGCCUUUCCCAGCCAAGAAAGCGGUGCAGAGAGACAUCCACAGCCACGAUAAAAGAGAAGGGCAGCCCAAGGCAGGGCCACUCUGGAUGUGGCCCAAAUGCCCUUGGCAAGAGUGCAUCCAGGAAAAACAAACUCGACCUCUGCGCCAUCAUCCAGUUUCCCCUGACCACCAAGUCAGCCAUGAGGAAGACAGAAACAAUGACUCUGUUCAUCCGGGAAGCCAAGGCCAAGAAGCCCCAGGGCAAACAAGCUGAGAAGAAAUUCUGUGUCGGAAUGACCAAAAUCAAUCAGGCCGGGGAGGAGAAGGCGGCACAGGUCCAUCUGACUCCGGAUUGCGAGUCUUUGGAUGUUGCCAACAAAUCUAGGCGUACUUAA